AAUGCCGAUUUCCGCGGCGCAUUCCCGAAACGACAUAGAACGACACCGCUCGUCGUCGACGCGUACACGCUACGCAUCGCUGCGACACGAGUACCCGACAACUGUCGUCAAAAACGCAAUCUGUACCGAUGAUGAUGACGGUGCUCGUGCUGCUGCUGGCGUGCGUAUCGUGGCCGUCGUUGCCGCGGUGCACCGCGAGAUUGUACACGGAAGCCGAGCACCCCGAACCGACGUUCGCCGACCGGCUGGCGCUGUUCGAGCACGUAUUGCUCAACGACGCCCAGUGGUCGCCGGUGCUCGGGCAGAAGGUCAUACUGUCCGAGAUCGACCUGCCGCAGUUUCCCGAGACGGUUUCCAACAGCGCGGUCGUGGACCGCAUCCGGCCGGUGCCCAAGGACGCCGCGGAGACGACGCCCUUGCUAGUGUUACGGAACGUGUUGGAGAAGAGCCGGUGGUCGGGAACGAAUGUCAACUACGCCGCGUCCGUGUUGAGCGCCGCGUUCACGUGUUUCACGUACAGCAACGUGUCGUUCUUGGUUUCGCAGAUCAACGAAAUCAACGAAGUCGCACACGCCGAGCAACAGCUCGUGUCAAAGCACGAAAAUAUCAACAGAAUGCUGGACGACGUGCGCAUGACGAUCGUGGUGCUCAUGGGCAAGGUGGCCGCAGUGGACGGCGAUCUGAACGAGUAUGUCAAAGGGCUGUACGACUACGACAGUGCGGACGAAGACGGCAGCGACAUCACGCAGUUCAACGUGCUCAAGUUGUUUAAGGAUGAUGUGGACAAGGAACUGACCAAGAAAUGUACCGCGGUCGACAGUUCGGACGGGGAUUACUUGAGCAGGUGCAACAUCCAGAACACCCCGCCCGGCGAGCCCGCGCCCGAAUCCGUGCUUGACCAAAAGAUGGUACGGUUCGAUAAGAUCGUCAAUUGUAUGAUAGACGUUUACAACGAGCUAGACGUCGAAGCGAUGCCCAUGGCCACUUGGAUACGAAUUCUCGAGUACAGCAUACCGAUCGGUAAGCAAAUAAACUUUUUCAUUGACACGCCGAUGGUGAGGAGUCCUGAAGGAACUAGGACGGAACGAUUUAGAAAAGCAUUGCAAUUAGCAAGUGAAGAAGAAACUGCGGAAGAAAAAAAGAAAAAGAAAGAAGAAAAGAAAAAAAAGAAAAAAGCCAAAAAAAGUAGGUCGAAAAAUAAUAAAUAAAAGACUAGAAAUUGCAGCUCGGUAAAUUGUCGACAGUUACUGCAUUCAGACACAGAUAAAAAAAAAAAAUAUUUUUAGUGUGUGAUUAGUAUGUAGACACAUUGCGUUUAUUAUUUAUGUUUAUUUUGUUAAAACUUUGUAUAGGUUAAUUUAUAUAAUAUAUUCUAUACUCUCUAUAAUAUGUUUUAUAUGUUCUCUAUAUAGUCUACACUAUGUAUAGUUUAAACAAUAAACAGUGAAUUCUAAUGGAUAUAAUCGAAAUUAUGUUACACAAAUAUAAUAGUGUCUUCAGUG